CAAUGGCCGAUACAGAUGUCACUCCCCUCUUGAACAAUCUUGUUGCCCAGAUCGCCAACCUCGAAGCAACUCUGGCACCUCUGACAGGACAUGCUGCCUCUUCCCCGGCCACUGCGUUACUCGAGACAACAUCCAAGCUUCCCUUGUUAGACCGAGGGAAGUUAUAUGUGACUUUGACCUAUGCAAUUGAUUCAAUCAUAUUCUCAUAUCUCAAGACAAGAGGGACCGCAACGAAAGGUCACCCUAUCGUGACUGAGCUCCAGCGCGCAAAACUAUACAUUCAAAAGCUCAAGGACGCAGAAAACCCGCCAGCACAGCGAAGUAACCCAUUAGAUAAGGAUGCAGCGAACCGGUUCAUCGCACAUGGUCUCGCGGGGAAUAACAGAUACGAUGCUCAGCGUGCCGAGUUGAGGGAUAAGGAGCGCGCAAGUGCGAAACAACGUCUGCAAGCCCUUAAUGAGAAGGGCAAGAGUUCGGAUGCGAGUGGCACACAUACGAAGUUCGAGGAGAGAGGAGUGGUGAAGCCGAAGGAGGACGAGGAGAUGAAGGAUGCAUCAACGCCAACGUCGGAUGAUGGUGCUGCCAAGAAGACGAAGAAGCGGAAGAAGACGGCCGAGUCGGCGAACGGAGAUAAGAAGAAGAGAGGCAAAGGUGCGAAGAAGGCAUAAACCUAUGAGGGUACGGCAGAUGGAAAGGCUUCGGCACGUGAAGGAGAGGGUUGGAGACGGAAUCAUAGCAUGGCACAUGGGAUCACUCGGCGUUAAGGAUUUUGUUUGGGUUUCAUCGGUCUCAGGAGAAGAAGCAACAUUGAUCUGUUCCCCGUU